UCUCCCAGCCUCGCACAGGGGCUUGGGAGGGACACCCCUUAGGGCCGCGACCCGUUCCCAACGCUCCUGGGACCAGCGCCGCUGAGCUCCGCCGAAGCCUUUCCCGGAGUAAAGAGGCGGCGCGAGGAAAGCGAAAGUUCGCCCCGCGGCGCUCGCCUCGACGGAAGACGCCGGUGGCUGAAGCGCAGACCCCCAGCCCGUCCGCUGCCUUUCUUGGACAGCCAGGCGCCUCCCUCUCGCCGGGCUGGGGUGGUCCCGGGGAGGAAAGCAGGAAGACGUUGCUGGGAUCCGUUCCCAGAAGAGCCACACGCCGGCUCCAACCGGUCCUACCUUCGCUGAGCUGGAGCGACUUCGCCGCCUCGGCGCCGACGGACAGCCCUGGCCAUGCAGGGGGAAAACCAUUUAGAGCAGUGUCAGAAGGACACUGAGGAAGUGACACAGAUCAUGCUAGAAAACUACAGCAAGGUGCUGGAUCGCGAGGGCAAACUGAGCGACCUGGAUGACAGGGCAGAGGAACUUCGAAACCAGAGUUCUGCCUUCAGCAAGACCACAAAGACCAUAGCCCAGCAGCAGCGCUGGAAGAACAGGAAAUGCAAGAUCAUCCUGGCGGCCGUGGUUAUUGGGGCUGUCCUUCUCCUCAUCCUGGUAAUAGUUCUUGCUCUCAGCUUUGGCAGCUCUGGGAACCAGGAGGCUGCAGCAAAAGACAGCACUGGUGGCAACUGAGUGGGAAUUAAGACAACCUGAGGAUCUUCUCCACCAGCCUCUUUCUUGACUCAGCAUGUUGAUGCUUCUUGGGUCUUGAGCAGGACUUAGCAAGCUGCCUAGAGCUCCCAUCACAGAUUUGUUGCAGCAGCCGUGGCAGCAUGUAGAGGAGCAAGAGCUGUAACUUUUGUAGCAUUCAGUGCCCAUGUGCAAGUCAUGUGGCUCCAGCCAAGCAAAAUCUAUGCUCAGCCUUAAAUGGCACAACAUUGUGUGUUUGCAAUCCUGUUCAGCAGCAAGCUGUGCCAUACAUUGAUAAAAAUGUAAGAAACACCCUUGCAUUUCUGCAGUCAUGUUCAAGGAGAGAGACAGACAUGGUCCUGCCAUCUUCCACUCCUGAAAACUGCCAGUGGAUUUAGUGUGUAGAUUCUCUGCUUUUUAUUAUAGGGAAAUAGAGAAUUGCUUUUGGCAGCUGAAAGUGUAGGUGCCUUGAAGGGUGGCAGGGUAGAUGGUAGAUGGGUUUGAGCCAUAGGAUGCUCCUGUGCAACUCCCGUUCACUUCAAUGGGGCUUGUACAGGAAAGCUCUGCCUGGGAUUGUGCCUCGUGUUAAUUAACGAGAGGAAAGGUCCCAUUUAGAUUUUCUGCACUAAUUGUCUUGAGCCAGCCCUCCUUUUAAAAAUUACUGUUAUGGAUAUUUCUCUGCAACUGGGAACGUGUAUGUUGCUUCUCAAUCACAUGCUGAAGCAAUGACCCAUGUUUUCAGUGGUCUUCUGGAAUGUCACAGAUGGUCCUGAAAUUAGUGAAGUUAGUGAUUAUGCUGCAGCAGAAAUUAUACCUACAUUUCAUUGUGUUUCUCUGCUGUGUGCCAUGUAGAACUUGUGUGCACCAUCCUUCAAACUUAAGUCAUUUUGCUUUUUUAAAAAAUGUGAAAACUGACACCUUUUGCAUAGGAAUAAAUUUUUCUGUUGUGUCUUGCUAGCAAAAGUAGUUUGGACAAAAUUCCUGUUUUCUUGGUGUAGUGGUUAAGUACGUGGACUCUAAUCUGGGAGAACCGG